AUGGGCUCCAGACAGAGACGCAUGACCCUUCCCACCGACCCAAAACGUGAAGACCCAAUCUUCAAGCCUGCCGAACAGCAAUGCUCAGAUCCAGCCCACGGUGCCGCCUUCAUUCUCGUCCACGGCUUGGGCGAUAGCGCAGAAGGUCUCGAAGAUGUAGCAGACCAGUUCCAGAAGAACCACAAGCUCUCGUACAUGAACUGGAUCAUUCCCAAUGCACAGGAAUCUCGCGACGCGCAGACCACCGCAUGGUACACGCCCAACUCCUUCUCCACAUACCCGCCAGAUCGCCCAGAGCUCGCACCUGAGGAGGAUGACGCUGGCAUGAGAAAAUCAGUCGCCUACCUCGAGACGCUUAUCGACGCUUGCACGAACAAAGGCAUCCCACCCCAGCGCAUCGUGCUUGGUGGUUUCAGCCAAGGUUGUGCGCUGAGUCUCCUUCUCGACUUGACGAGCAGCAAAUACGCCGGUAGAUUGGGCGGUAUUGUUGGGCUGAUGGGCUACCUCCCAUUAGCAGCAGGUAGCAAGAUCGAGAACAUGCGAGCUCACGCAGGUCUUCCAGUCGGCCACGGCGACGUGCCGAUCUUCCUUGCGAGAGGCCAGGCGGACCAGAUGGUUCCGAGCAGAGUUUGGCAGCAGACUCUGAAGAAGCUGGAGACGUUGGGUGUCGGAAAGGACCAUAUGGAGGUGCAUGAGUAUGAAGGCCUCGGACACACUCUGAGCGGACCGGUGCUGCGAGAUAUGUGCAGUUUCAUUGAGCGUUACGUGCCCAAGUUGGAGGACUAG